GAACGAUUCUAUAGUAUUCCAUAAAGAUACCAUUUUGUUCAAAUGACCUUUCAACAGUACUGUAUUUGGUGUUGAAUGAUGUCAAUCUGGCAACAACUGAAAGUUACUAUAGUUGUGCUACACUUGUAAACAAUGAUUCUUGAUCACGCUGUAUAUAAAAAAAAAAUCGAAAAUAGGUAUUUAUGUAUCAAGGGAAUAAACAACUAUUUUAAUCCCCCGAAUGAAAAUGCCCUCGGCUACCUUUGGUCGCCUUUGGCAUUACAUUCUAUAUUUAACAAUGUUUAUUUUAAAAAUGCAUACGAAAUUGUUCUCCCAACAAACUAAAUUAAUAAUAACAUAAGAAAAUAUUGAUUUGAAUGAAACAAUUCAUUCCAUUCCGCUGCAAUUUUAAAAGUAAAAAUUUGUAUCAAAGAGUUUGUUUAUGUUAAAAAACACUCAAAAGAUUCAAUUCAUUCAAUUUCAGUUUAUUAUUUUAUAAGAGUAAAAAAUUCGUAUUUCAUUUAUUUUAUUCUUGAGGGAAUUCCCGAGCAGAUUAUUCGUCAAAAACGAGGGAAUAAAGCGUCACUUUAUUCCCUCUUGGGAAGAAAUAUAAAUUAUUUCACUUUGCUUAUUUAAAAAAGUAAAAGAAUUUUAUUUAUUUGUACUUAUAAUAAUAAAAACAUCGACUUUUGGAGGUAAAAUUUGGCAAUGUGAGUGAGUUUCUGCUUCAAAAAAGUAUUAAACCGCUCGGAAAUGGCUGAAAUGUGUAAUGUCGUAGACCUAAAACGACACUUUCUUAACUUGUUUCAGGAAAUUUUGAAAAUAUCAUUGAUGUAUAAUUGAAUUUCAUGAUUGUCAGACGUAAAAAUGUGCUAAAUCGCUCAUCAAUGGCUGAAAUAACGUUAUUAUGACUUAAAACCAGGAUUUUCCUAUGUUUGCAUUAAAAUCUGUGUAUUUGAGUUGAUUUUUGCUCGAAAGGUGAUAAAUCGGUCGGAAAUAUUGUAUUUUACACCUGAAACGACGAUUUUUUUCAUAAAUUUUUCGAGAAAUUCGUCGAUUUAAAUGAAUUCUAGGCUCUAAAAUGUGCUAAAUUGUUCGGAAUUGGCUAAAAUAGCGGUAUUAGACAAUCUACGAUUUCUGUACAUCAAAAUCUCGGGAUUUGAAAUGAUUUUUGCUCAAAAAUGUGGUAAAUAGGUCGAUAAUUCUGUAUUUUACACCUAAAACUACGAUUUCUUGAUAAAUUUAGGAAAAAUUCGUCGAUUUAAGUGAAUUCUAGGUAUAAAAAAUUCUAUUCUAAAUUCUAGGUAUAAAAUGUACUAAAUUGUUACAAUAGAUAAUCAAAAAUUUUCGUACUUGUUUCACCAAAAUUUCUCGGUUCCGACGACUUUUGCACUUAUCUAUUUGAGAAAAAAAACCUUGAUAUUUAAUAGGUUUUCUGGCUCAUAAUAUGAUAAAUUGAUCGUAAACAAUGUUGUGAUGAGCUAAAAACGACUCAUUUCAUUAAAAUAUAUAGAUUUGAGUCAAUUUAUUGCUCAAAAAGAUGCCACACUGGCCAAAAAGACGAUUUUUUGACUUGUUUAGUCAAAAUCGAAAAUUGAUGAGUUUCUGGUUCAGAAAUAAACUAAAUCGAUCUGAAAUUCAACAUUUUAGCCAAAUAUUUAAUUAACAGAGUAAAAAAUAAUAUUUUCACUGAGAAAAGCCCGUUUCUAGCACGCACUUGUCACCCAAUUUCUUGAAUCGAUUCGGUGCCAAGCCGUGAUUUAUCCACCGAUCAAUAUUUCCAUCACUCGGCUACAGUAAUGUCAGUCUUAAAAACGGUUUGAAAGAUGGCAGGUGUCUUUUUCGGUUCGGCAACUUCAAGUAGUGCUUCAGAUGGUGGUACUACUGACAUUUCUGAAUCUUUUUCGGACAAUGGAGCAAAUCAGAGAAACAUCACUCUUAAAUUUGUUUACGACGAAAACAAAGUUUUCACGCAAUCCUACCACGAGGACACAGCAAUCGGCGACUUGAAAACUCUCCUAACCGAAGUUUUCAACACUCCAGCCAACAACCUAAAACUCCUCCUCGACGAAAAAGAACUAAACGAUGAGAAAAUUUUAAAUGAGUUGGGGGCUGAACCCUUCGGAGUUCUCGAAUUGAAACUAGUUUCCGACGAUAAACUAACCAUCGAUGAAGCUUUCCGAGACUACACAAUCCCCGAUGUGAUAACAGUCCGCGUCCAGACAUCCGAAGAAGGCAUCAAAGACGUCGUUGUCGAAGUGGAAAAUCGGGCUAUAAUCAAACCGUUUUUGGGCGGCUAUUUCGACAAGCAUUCUGGUCUCGAGUACCACCAUGGGUACACCCAGACCGGCCCACCCAAGCCCAAAAUCCCGCCCGAAAUGAAAAAUCACAGAGACACCCAGACCUAUUUUAUGCGGAACCGGAAACUCGACAUGCCCUACGGACACGCCACGCAAAUGGCGGCGGAAAAACUAUGGAUUCCGUCGGUGGGCGACCGGAUUCUGACUCCGGGCCCGUACGAAACGGCAGAGGAGAGGGAAAAGAGGUUGGAUGUUGAGGGAAAAGUCCGGGUGAUUCAGAGGUAUUUCCGGUCGUGGUUGACUAGGAAAAGAUUGAAGGAGUACAGUGAGGAGUAUCAUAAGAGAAUUAGGUUGAUGUUGGAACGGGAGGAGUUGGAGCGGAAGGAGAAUUUGGAGAGGAAGAAACGCGACUUGAUCAGUCGGGUGUUUCCCCGAACCGCUGCUGAUUUCUCCAUGUUAUACGCGAUGACAGAACGGUGGAAGAAAGCCGAGAUUAAAAGAAUCGUUGAAAUGCAUUGUGGGCCGGCUAGGAUCGCCGAAUUCUAUCUCUUAUUGGAGAAGGAAAUUGAAAUUUUGCGUUGUAUCGAUGAGUUGAGACUCAAGUUGAAAAACGACCGGAAAAUUCAGAAGGAAAUUGAUUUUUUUAAGACAAUAGGUGACCCCUGGACUUUCAAAUCGAGUUACAAGAACAUUCCAGUGGUCGUUGACACUCUUGAAACGCAAAAAGGCCGCACUUUUCGUGAGUUAUACGAAGCAAUUUGUGACCCAAGUCUCGACGGGUCAAACCGGAUGUUGGUUUUUCUGGAACUAAGACGAGGCUUAGAGAGUCACAAUUGCGUCAUUUCUAAUGAAAUGAUCGAAUUAAUCGAUCGUGCGUGCGAAUUGUUAGCUCGGGGUUUCGAGAGACGGCAUAUCGAGACUUUGCAAAAAAGAAUUGAAGCUUUGUUGUUACAUCAUUUCCAACAAAGUGAGUGUAACGAAGGUGUUACAAAUCGUUAUAAUCGUCUCGCCGAGAAAUCAAUGAAAGAAAAUUUGUUUUAUUGUCACAGUUGUAAGAAGCUCAAACCUAUUGAAUGUUACAAUGUUGGCGUGAAGACAAACGCGGCGAAAAUUUGUGCCACUUGUCGGUUCAUCGAUCGCUCGAAGGAGCCCUGGAUUGAUAUUUCCCCUUACCGAUUUAUUUUGAGACAAAUUCGCAAAACCGAGCGACUUUUACACGCACUAUCAUCGAUUGCGUUCAUCAUCCAGGAUAAAGAUAUUUACUACCUUGUGACGCAUAUCUGGCACGGCCAUUCGGCCUUAUCAGAGUGUGAUAACAUCUACCAGUUGAGGCUGUGUCGAUGGGACAAAACUAAAGACUGGUCGCCCUGGAAUUGCAUCCUCUUGACAGCAGAAGAAGCAAAAGCGCAUUUGAAAAUCGACAAACUCGGGGAUGUUUACGACGAACAUUUCCUAAGCAAUGUUUUCAAUAAACACGCAUUGACUAAGAAGUACUUUGCCCAAAAUUUCGAUAUUGACAAGUGCGUGCGUGAAACAUACAAAGAUGAUGAUUACGUCAAUCAGUAUUUAGAAGAGAAAAAACUCUGUCCUUGAUUAAAGCCCUAACAUAAGUCUCGUGUUUUA